UUUUCAAAUACCAAACAUGAAGUGGCAUCUAUUUGUCUUUUUGUGCAUUUAUGCAACUACGGCUAAAAAAACCUUAAUUAAUCUCCGUCGAGUCAACGAUAGUGAAAAUUUUAAUUUUCAACCGCGAAUAAUCGGUGGAAAUGUGGCUACAAGUGGUCAGUUCCCUUGGCAAGUUGCCAUCUACAAGGAUACUCCAGAUGGUAGAUUCUUCUGUUCGGGGGCUUUGAUUAACUCCCGAUGGAUCUUAACGGCUGCUCAGUGUGUCUAUGAAGCUACGAAAUUCACAAUUAAAAUGGGGUCAAAUCAACUGUCAUCAAACGACGCAAAUCGAGUCGUUGUAACGACUUCCACUUAUGUUAUUCAUGAAGGUUUUGAUCCAACAACGUCGCUAGCUAAUGAUAUUGCUCUAAUUAAAUUACGGAUGCCUGUCACAUUCACUGACUAUAUCGAACCUGUUGUUGUUGGAAAUUUGGGAUAUUUAUAUCCUGGGCGAGUUGUCAAAGCCGCAGGUUGGGGACAAACCAGUGAUGAGGAUAGUGGACUGUCAAACGAUUUAAAAUUUGUGGAAAUAGCAAUAAUCGAUCAAAAUGCUUGCAAAACAUUCUUUGGGAAUCAACUUGUGGAUACCAUGAUUUGUGCCGAAGGAAAUUAUAAUGAAGGAAUCUGUUUUGGUGAUAUUGGAGGACCACUGAUAACAUCCGCUAAUGUGGGAAUAGAACAUUAUAUCCAUGUUGCUAUAGCUAGUUUUGUAAGUCAGAAUGGAUGCGAAAGUUUGGACCCAACAGGAUAUACACGAGUCGAUUCCUUUUAUGCAUGGAUUGAUAAUGCCACUAGGCAUAAUUAAAUAUGCCAAAAAUAAAAACUUAUCAAUGUA